AUGGUGGAGGAACCGUCCACCAAGCGUCACCAUGGCGAGACGUCGAACAAGAGCAGCAACCUCGUCGACAUCCACGUCCCCGACGAGAAGCGCGAGUGCACCAGAACGCUCAAAGGGGUUGAGCUCCACGGCAAGGAGACACUGGAGAUCGUCUACACUAGCAUACCAGACAAGGGCGAUGAGGUGAUGAGCAGGCUCAGGAUGAAGGGCGGUGGUUUGUAUCCGAGCUUCAUCAGAGUUGAUGUGGAGUACACCAACCAAGAAGAACCUCCACAAAUGGCGGCAGUCCUGCAGUUGUGCGUCGAGGAACUCUGCUUGGUAUACCACAUCGCAGCAGCCACAAAAUGGCCCAAGCGCCUCAAAGACUUCCUGUAG